AACGUUGGCUUACACGACGUAGCUUAUACAUUUGUGGCUGGUAAAAACUAAAUCACAUAUAUUUUAGUGGCAUAACCUCACGUUAGCCGGUUAACUUUACAUUGACAUCGAGUUCAAGAGGACCCUUGGCAGUAUGGGAUUUUAAUCUAAUAAUGGCUUCAUGUCUGCUCCAGUGACAUGAAUUAACAUUAACCGCUUGCUCAUUAACGUAUCUAACGUCAGGCUAAAUGCACUCCAUACCAGGUAUCGCGAGUACCUUAAGCCUUAAUGUCAGGUUUGCCUCGUGAGGCUCAGCAGCAUGCCAUGCGAUGUGCCGGAGAUGGUGACAGAAACUACACAAGUCAUCGUUUAAUAACUUAACACCAACCAACGAAUGGAGCCAUUUAACCAGCUUGCCAGCUAGUGGUGUGUGAUCUGGAGGAAGAGGAAAGGACAGCAGAGAAAAUGGAGGUGUCAGAUGGCUUGUUGCUGCAGGUCAACAAUGGAGAGCAGUGGUGUAACCGCUGGAAACAUCCCAAUGAUGACUCGGACCGCAGCACCAGCCCCUCAGUCCUGCGCUGUGUUGCCAGCACGUGGAAGGAGGGCCUGCUGAACAGAAAGAGGCCCUUUGUGGGCCGUUGUUGUCACUCCUGUACACCACAGAGCUGGGAGAGACUGUUCAACCCCAGUAUUCCAUCUCUGGGACUGCGCAACGUAAUCUACAUCAAUGAGACCCACACCAGACAGCGGGGCUGGCUGGCGCGCAGGCUGAGUUAUGUGCUGUUUGUCAUGGAGAGAGAUGUCAACAAGGACAUGUUCACCAGGAACGUAGUGGACAAUGUGCUCAACAACAGCAGUGUGGAAAGUGCUAUUGUGAAGGUAGCCACAGAUUUGGAUGCUGCAGCCAACCAGACUGGCCAGGAGCACAAAGCUGUCAGUAAAGUGAAGCAGAAAGCCAGGGCCUUCCUUCAGGAGAUGGUGGCCAACAUUUCACCAACUUUUAUCAGACUGACAGGGUGGGUCCUCCUGAGGCUCUUUAAUGGUUUCUUCUGGAGCAUCCAGAUUCACAAGGGCCAGCUGGAAAUGGUCAAGAAAGCUGCUACAGAGCAAAAUGUGCCGAUGGUCUUCCUCCCUGUUCACAAAUCCCACAUCGACUACCUGCUCAUUACGUUGAUCCUGUUCUGUCACAACAUCAAAGCCCCACACAUUGCUGCUGGAAACAAUCUAAGCAUCCCUAUCCUCAGCACCCUUAUCCGUAAACUUGGAGGAUUCUUCAUACGACGGAAAAUGGAGGAGACGGGAGAUGGAAAGAGAGACAUUUUGUAUAGAUCACUCUUACAUGCAUAUACAGAGGAGUUGUUGCGUCAGCAACAGUUUUUGGAGGUCUACCUGGAGGGUACCCGCUCCCGCAGCGGUAAGCCAUCUACAGCACGUGCAGGCAUGCUGUCCAUCGUGGUAGACACACUGUGCACUGGGUGCAUAGCAGAUGUACUGGUGGUGCCAGUUGGCAUCUCUUAUGAUCGUAUUAUUGAGGGCAACUACAAUAGCGAGCAGCUGGGAAAACCUAAGAAGAAUGAGAGUUUGUGGGGAAUAGCAUGUGGAGUGUUCAGGAUGCUGAGGAAGAAUUAUGGUUGCGUCCGAGUUGACUUCAACCAGCCCUUCUCCCUAAAGGAGUACCUGGACGCCCAGAGAAGUCGCCAUAUUCCACCACCAGUCUCCCUGGAACACACCUUGACACCCACCAUUAUUUCUGCACAUUAUUAUUAUUCCAGACCCGAAGCUCAGCUGUUUGAGGGGCAGGAGGAGGAGCAGCUGAACAGAGAGCUGCCUGAUGACAUCUCAAGACGACAACUUAUUAACAACCUGGCCAAGCACGUCCUCUUCACGGCUAAUAAGUCAUCAGCGAUCAUGUCUACCCACAUUGUAGCCUGUCUGCUGCUGUACAGACACAGACAGGGAGUGGUGCUGUCCAAGCUGGUGGAAGACUUCUUCAACAUGAAGGAGGAGAUCCUCUCACGGGACUUUGAUCUGGGCUUUUCGGGGAACUCAGAGGAUGUGGUCAUGCGUGCCCUCCACCUGCUGGGAAACUGCGUCAAUGUGACCAGCAGUGCAAAUCGCAAUGGAGAGUUCACCAUCGCCCCCAAUCAAACUGUACCAGCACUUUUUGAGCUCAACUUCUACAGCAAUUGCCUUUUUCAUGUCUUCAUUUCUGAUGCAAUUAUUGCCUGCAGCAUCCUGUCACUGCAGCGAGAGCUGGUUGCGGAAUCAGAGUCUGAUCACCAGCCCGGUGGUCCCAGUAGCCUCCCCCUCAGUCAGGAGAGACUUAUUCGCAAGGCCGCCGGGCUCUGCCACUUCCUUGUCAAUGAGGUGGCUGUGGCACCACCCUGUCAGACUAUUUACCAGGUUUUUCAUGAUGCAGUAACCCGGCUGAUCCAGUAUGGAGUACUCUAUGUAGCAGAGGAGGACCAGGAAGAACUGAGUCCCAGCCCCACAGAGGAACCCUGGCCCAAAAAGUUCCCAGAGCCCCUUUCCUGGAGAAGUGACGAGGAGGACGAGGACAGUGACUUUGGAGAGGAGCAGAGAGAUCGCUACCUAAAGGUGAGUGUUGCUGCAGAGCACCAGGAGUUCUUCGUCUUCCUACAGCGACUUGUCAGCCCGGUGCUGGAGGCCUACAGCGGGGCUGCGAUCUUCGUCCACAGUCUGAGUCAGCCCAUGGCUGAGUCCGACUACACCCAGAGGCUCUUCAGAUACCUGCUCACCCGCACAGAGAGAGGAGUAGCUGCUUAUGGUGAAAGUGCAACUCAUUACUUGGUUAAGAACACAGUGAGGACAUUCAAAGAGCUCGGGGUUCUGAAGGAGAGAAGAGAGAACCGGGUGACAACUCUGGAGCUGAGCAGCACCUUUCUACCUCAGGCCAAUCGGAACAAACUCCUGCAGUACAUCUUAGGUUUCACCCUGCUGUGACCGAGACACCUUUCAGCCCAGCUCAGACCCCAGGCUCCUUCCAAUAAAGGGCUUCUACUGGUUACUUCUAAACAAUCCCAGGUGCUACUCUGUGGAAAGCUUUACCAGGAAGUGCCUUCAUGAAACAGCCGCUAACUGUUAGCUGUUAGCCGGAAGAGACUUGAAGCCAGUCUUCCCUUUUUGUUCCAGUCUACGGCUCCCUGUCUUAGAACUGUGCAGCUGAUAAAACACAUGUACAUGUAUCGUACUUUGAAGAGGUACCUCUAGGAAUCAUCCUCUCUUUGUGAACUUUGCCAUUGAAGUCAUGAGGUUUUAAUAUGAUUUUAAAUUAUCAGAAAAUAUACUCAAGCAGGUUAGUAAAUAAGAAUCACUUUUACAGCAAUCCAAACAAAGCAAGCUGCCUUUCGUCUAUACAAGUGAACGAGCAAAAUAUGCAUAGAAAAUAAUGGUAAACAUUACCAAUAACAAAGGCAUUUUGAAUUAUGUUUUCUGCUCGUUUGUAAAACUGCUGUAUUCUCUCCAGUGCACUCCACUAUCAUACAGUAGAAAACAUGAAAAUGUAGUUUGAAGGCUAACGACUAACACAUUUCCUGUAAAUAGGCCACAAGAACAACGUCUCUCAUUUGUAGUGCAUUUAUAUACAUGCAAUGUCUUCAUAUUUAAUAAUGUAGGAACAUUACAUAGAAAGAUUGCGUACAUAUCCAAAUUUUCAUUUACAAAAAUGUAUGUCAAAAUCUAAUCUAAUCCUCUUUAUUCCUUUAGACAGCUUUGGUCAGUUAUACUGCACAUUGACUGGUUUAAGAUAUCAAAAAAUUAACAGCAAAUCAGUUCAGCAGUGAAAAAUAUCUACUUGGCAAACAGAAAAUGUACCUGUUGAAAGUCCAGCGCAGUUGAAGCCUAAAUUCACAAGCAUCUACAGUUAAGUGCAUUUAAACCACUAAUAUCUAAGUGCAUUCAGUUAAACUUUUUGUCAUGGGUUUUGAUGAAAAGUGACUUUGAGUUCUGUGUUUGUGCAACACUUUGUUUACUUUUCAAUGAAUGUCACAUAGCACAGCACUUAAAAUACUUAAUACCAGCCAUCACAUCCACUUAAGUUCAAAUGCAACAAGCUCAGAAACUCUUUGGUCAUGCCUUUCAGGGAAAGUAGAGAUUUGGGAUAACCACCAUUUUUUCCUGUAUUAUAAAAGCACUGUAUAAAAGCCAUUAUGGCAUCACUGCUGAGAGAGCAAUUUUGCUCCAAUGGUUGGGCAUUCGCACGACAGAGGAACUGCAUAGUGUGGUUAAAAAUAAAUGGUACAUUUCUACUGUGUAAUCCAUCUGAACAAAAGGUCACGUCUGUAAAAGUUUGCUAUUUGUGCGAACAAGAUGGUGUCUCUGUUGUACUGUCAACAGACUCUUCAAGAAAGGAGAAGAUAUCUUUCUCCUGUUUACUUUUAACUGCCAUGAGAAGCAGUGAUGUUUCUGAAAACUAAAUAAUAGUCGUUAACUGUCAGGUUUACCUAUUCUUUAUUUUUCUUGGUUAUAGAAAUGCUUCACUUCAAAUUUUCAGCACCACUGGGGGAAAGAACAAAAAGAAAGAAGGAAAAAAGAACAGUCUAAAAAUGUACUAUAAACACACUUUAAACUACUAGUAAGUAGGUCUUGAUCAUUUCAAUUUUUGUUCAAAAAUGCACGUUUAAAAAAAAAAUUCAAAAAGUCAGACAGGUCGGGAAUAAAAACUGUGGUAACAGAAUGUGCUGAUCGUGAAAAUCAAAAACAUACCAAAACUACCAAAGUAAAACAUGAGUGACAUUAAAAACUGAUAGUGAAACCUACAUUUAGCUGCAGAACAUUUAGCAGUUUUGAUUUUUAUUGUAAAAUAACACAACAGGGCUCAAUAUUUAGGUCUUGUCUUAUGUGUGUAAUUUCUGAAAUCUGAUUUCAUUUUGCAUUGAACAUGAACAUAAAUGUACAACAUCCAUGUUAAUGUUGGUGUAUGAGUGCACACCAACUGAGGAAAAAGGAGUGUGUUUGGAGAGGGCAGAGUAAGUUUGAUAAAUUGUCGGCAUUAUUAGAGGGGAUGCCAACACAAAUCCCAGGUUGAUAAUGUGAAGACAGUGUGAAUGUUAGAAAUCAGCAUUCUUGAUCUGUCAGGGCAAUAAAGUAAAUGGGAAUCGGGUGUCUGAUGAUAUACAUUUAAAUGAAUAUUUAUACUGAAUGACUUGUUGACAGUGGUCUACAACACUGCUUGUUACAAUGAAUUUAAAUGCUUUUCUUUCUCAACAUUCAGCUUUUUUUAAUAUUAUAAACCUGCAUAUUUUCAUGCAGUUUUUCAAAUCUACGUAUGUACAAAAUAUCCCUAAAAUGGAAAAGGUUAUUUGUUGAGCAUCGGUGAAUGACACCCGUAGCAUGUUGAAGAACAGAAAAGUAAGUUAUUUAAAUGGGAGUGUGAUCAGAGUGCCCAGAAAAUUGUCCAUGCUCAUGUGCAGAGGGAGCAUCUUGACAUUCAAAGCAUUUCUGAGCCCACAAUCUGUCAAAGUCCCCACGCCGAGAGGGGCCCCUCUGCCAAGAUAAUACCGCUCUACUACGUACUGUACUGCAUGUUUCCUCUGGUCGCCUUUAAUCAUCGAUAAUUCAAUGUGAACUCUACUUAACCUGAGAAUUGUAUUUUAUAGUGUAGUGUGUGAAUUAUGUUGCAGAGAAAGAUAGUUGUUUGUGUAGGAGAUGAAGUUAAAUUUGUUACCUCUUGAAUGUAUCUCAUCUGUCCCCAAAAAGGUCAAUGUGAUAUUGUAGAAUAUUCAAUGAAGUCAGUACAGACACGAAACAGUUUUUAUUAAAUGCUCAUGGGGAUUGUUGAGACUCAUCGCUACUGAAGCUGCAUUAACAACAUCCCUCUACAACUAUGUAACUUUGUAGGAUAAAAAAAAAGCCUGUAUCUGGGGAGCAGGUGCCUUUUUUAAAGCACUGUAGUGUUCUUUGGUUGUGUUUUUUUGUUCUGUUUUUGUGCAUGUUAACAGGUUAUUUCAUGUGGGAAUCCAAAAGAACAUUAGAUUGUAACUUUUAGAAGAAGAAAAAAAACGCACAAGAGCAGAGAACUUGUGGCUACUAUAAGAAGAAUCACCAGCUACUAAAAAAAAAAAAGUGUCACUUUUUUGCUCUUGCUUUCUCCAAGCAAAGCACAAUUGGCAUUAUUAGAUUUUGUUUUUAAAUAAAUUAAUGAUAGAUUAACAA